AUGGCACCCACCUCGACCUCUUUGACCUCAAAGGUCGCAUCUGGUUCGCCAUACCAGCUGGAUCGCAGCCAAACCAAAAAGGCUUCGAGUGCUCUACUCAAGCACAUCAAAUCGGAAGAGAAGCGCACUGAAUCGGAAUCUACAAAAAAGAAUCUUCUCGCCAAUGACGACGAUAGUUCAGAUGAGGUUGAUGACAGCGAGGAUACUCCGAUAUGGCUUGUCUUGACCACGAAAAAGCACAUUGUUGACAAGAAGAGGCUAAAGCCGGGAAAAAUUUCAAUGCCGCAUUCCCUCAAUACUUCACCAAAUUCGACAAUUUGCUUAAUCACUGCCGAUCCCCAACGGUCGUUCAAGGACGUUGUCGCACAUGAUUCCUUCCCGAAGCCGCUUGCUUCUCGCAUUGGCCGCGUCAUUGGAAUUUCAAAACUGAAAGCGAAAUACAAGAGUUAUGAGAGUCGGCGCCAACUGCUGAGCGAGUACGAUAUCUUCCUUGCCGAUGACCGGAUCGUCACACUUCUGCCGAACCUUCUCGGAAAGAUCUUCUUCAAGGGUGGCUCGAAGCGGCCAGUCCCCGUAAAUCUUUCGGCACCGAAGAAGGCCCAAGACAAGAGUACCCCGAAGAACGGUGACGAAGGCAAAUCCAUCGCAAGCCCCAAAGCUAUGGCAGAAGAAAUUGAACGCGCUCUUUCUGCGGCCCUAGUUCAUCUUAGCCCGUCUGUCACCACCUCUGUUCGCGUUGGCAAGGCCAGUUGGGGCCCCGAGAAGGUUGCGGCGAACGUGGAAGCGGUCGUCAAUGGUCUUACCGAGAAAUUCGUUACCAAGGGCUGGCGCAACGUCCGGAGUGUGCACAUCAAGGGCCCAAAUACCAUGGCGCUGCCAAUCUGGCUCGCCGACGAAUUAUGGGUUGACGAAGGCGAUGUUCUCGAGGAUGCGCCUGCCGAGAAUGAAGCACUCGAAGGGAAGGAUGAGGUCAAGAAGAUCGCCGAUGCUCCAGCAGAAGCGGCCAGCAGCAAGAGAAAGGCUAGAGAGGGCGAAGAAGAGCAGCGACCUAAGAAGGCGAAGAAAGCAGACAAAGCCGAGGGCGAUGACCUGGCCAAGGAAAUCGCUCUGCGCAAGGAAAAGCUGAAGAAACAGAAGGCCCAAGCCGCUGCCGAGACUGAAGGCGACAGCGUUGUCAGCAAGGUUUCCAAGGAAGUGCCACUUGCAGAUGGCGGAAAGGCCAAGAUCAAGGCCAAGAAGACCAAGACCGUCAAGUCUGCUUAA